AAUAUUUGUUUCACCGCGUUCUCUGUUGUUUUGUUGUGGUGCUUAAUGCAAACUGUAAGAAAAUUAAUUUAUGUAAAUAAAAAAUAUCAGGUCAGUAAAUACCUGUACUAUUCUCAUAAUCAUAGUCGUGUCUACGUUUUGAAGCAAGGAGAAAUAUAUCGGGAAGAAUAUCAGCUGAAGAUGGUGUUUGUUAAAGAGGAGAUUGAGGAGAACAUGAGUGAAAUAAAAGAAGAGGAACCAGAAACCUGGAGAAUAAAAGAAGAGGAACCAGAAUCCUUGAUAAUAAAAGAAGAGGAACCAGAAACCUGGAGAAUAAAAGAAGAGGAACCAGAAACCUGGAGAAUAAAAGAAGAGGAACCAGAAACCUUGAUUAUAAAAGAAGAGGAACCAGAAACCUGGAGAAUAAAACACGAGGAACAAGGAGAGUUUAUUGAAGAAAGAGAGGAGAACAAAAAAUGGAGUGAGGUUGAGGAUAAAAAUCAUGUCAAAACUGGAGAAAAACCUUUGAGUUGCUCUCAAACCAAACAGAAAGAUCUAAAGAAAAGAAGAGCCAAGAAUACUUUCAUAUGCACUCAGUGUGGAAAGAGUUUGACAAGCAAAUAUAAUCUUGAUUUUCACAUGAGAUUUCACACUGGAGAGAAACCGUUCACUUGUAAACAAUGUGGAAAUAGUUUUGCAAACUUAACAACCCUUAAGAGACACAUGAGAAUCCACACUGGAGAAAAAGCUUAUAAGUGUUCACACUGUGACAAGACAUUCAGAUACUCAUCGCAUCUAAAAACACAUGAGAUGUUCCACACUGGAGAAAAACCUUAUAAGUGUUCACACUGUGACAAGAGAUUCAAUGGGUCAAAAGACCUGAAAACACAUGAUAGGAUCCACACUGGAGAGAAGCCUUAUAAGUGUUCACAUUGUGACAAGAGAUUCAAUAGGUCAACAGACCUGAUAACACAUAAGAGGAUCCACACUGGAGAGAAACCUUACGAGUGUUCACUUUGUGACAAGAGAUUCAAACAGUCGUCACAUCUAAAAAAACAUGAGAGGAUCCACACUGGAGAGAAAUCUUAUAAGUGUUCACAUUGUGAUAGGAGAUUCAAUAGGUCAACAGACCUGAUAACACAUGAGAGGAUCCACACUGGAGAGAAACCUCAUAAGUGUUCACAUUGUGAUAGGAGAUUCAAUAGGUCAACAGACCUGAUAACACAUGAGAGGAUCCACACUGGAGAGAAACCUUACAAGUGUUCACACUGUGACAAGAGAUUCAAACAGUCAUCACAUCUAAAAACACAUGAGAGGAUCCACACCGGAGAGAAACCUUAUAAGUGUUCACAUUGUGACAAGAGAUUCAGUAGGUUAGUAGACCUGAAAACACAUGAGAGGAUCCACACUGGAGAGAAACCUUAUAACUGUUCACACUGUGACAAGAGAUUCAAUAGUUCAUCAAGUCUGAAAAUACAUGAGAGGUUCCAUACUCGAGAGAAACUGUACACAUGUAAUCAGUGCGAGAAGUGUUUCACACGCUUAUUACAACUUAAGGAUCACAUGAACAUCCACACUGGAGAAAAACCUUAUAUGUGUUCACACUGUGAAAAGAGAUUCAAUAGUUCAUCAAGUCUGAAAAUGCAUGAGAGGAUCCACACUGGAGAGAAACUGUACAGAUGUAAUCAGUGCGAGAAGUGUUUCACACGCUCAUCAAAUCUUAAGGAUCACAUGAACAUCCACAUUGGAAAGAAACUGUGCUCAUUUGAUCAGUGUAAUAAAACAUUUUUGACGGCUUCAGACCUGAAGAAACACCUGACAGUUCAUACAAAGGAGAAGCCGUAUUCAUGUUAUUUGUGUGGAGAGAGUUUUUCACAUUUUUCAAUUUUGAAAAUACAUCAGAAAACACAUACUGGUGUAAAAAAGCACAAGUGCUCUGAGUGUGAAAACACUUUUACUUCAGCUGGUGGUUUAAAACAGCAUGAGAGGAUCCACACUGGAGAAAAACCUUAUGAGUGUUCACACUGUGACAAGAGAUUCAAUCAUUCAACACAUCUGAAAACACAUGAGAGGAUUCACACUGGAGAAAAACCUUAUGAGUGUUCACAGUGUGACAAGAGAUUCAGUCAGUCUGUACACCUGAAAAUGCAUGAGAUGAUCCACACUGGAGAGAAACCUUAUAAGUGUGCAUACUGUGACAAUAGUUUCAGUCAGUCGUCAAAUCUGAAAACACAUGAGAGGAUCCACACUGGAGAGAAACCUUAUCACUGCACUGAAUGUGGGAAGCGCUUCAGUCAUUCAUCUGCUCUACACAUACAUGCAAAAAACUAUCACAGUAAGAACCCGUACAAACAGAGAUGCAUUUAG